AUCUACUAUUUAUAUACAUAGAAAUACAAGUGGGGUUGGUUCUAGCAAACCCAUAGGGGAGACCAGGAGAGCCCACAGAGGGUCUCUCAUGGGGGACUGAAUCACAGCUCUGGCUCUCUCCGAUCGCCUUUACUUUCUCUCUCCAGGUGAUUCAACAGUGAAAUUUCAGCUCACAGUUUGGUCUUUGGAUGCUUUCAAGGUCUAAAUUUUGAAGCAACAGUCCACAUACGCCGUAUACUUCAGGCAAAAACGUUAGCCGAGAUCUUGUUUGGUAACUUCAGAUUGUUUUGGGUUUCAAAAUUUCGUAUGGCUGUUGCCAAGAGCAACAGCAGCAGAGAAUCAUCAUCUUUCCAACUGUGCAAUUGCUACAAAGUUGCCAGCUUGGCUGAAACUAUUUUAGACUCAUACCAGAUCUCGAAUUUAAAAGAUCGAUAUUUUCUUGGAGAGCAGUUGGGCUGGGGGCAGUUUGGUGUUAUCAGGGCCUGCUCUGAUAAGUUGACUGGAGAGGUGUUGGCGUGCAAAUCGAUUGCCAAAGAUAGAUUGGUCACACCAGACGAUGUGCGGAGCAUCAAGCUUGAAAUUGAAAUAAUGACUAGGUUAUCUGGCCACCCUAAUGUUGUAGAUCUUAAAGCAGUAUAUGAGGAUGAAGAUUCUGUCCAUUUGGUGAUGGAGCUAUGUGCUGGAGGGGAGCUCUUCCAUCUGUUAGAGAAGCAUGGGAGGUUCUCUGAGGCUGAGGCCAGGGUUCUAUUUAGGCACUUGAUGCUAGUGCUGGUGUAUUGUCAUGACAAGGGUGUUGUUCACCGAGAUCUGAAGCCAGAGAACAUCCUCUUAGCCACAAAAACCUCGUCCUCACCAAUUAAGUUGGCUGAUUUUGGUCUUGCAACCUACAUAAAACCAGGGCAGAGCUUGCAUGGGACUGUCGGUAGCCCUUUUUAUAUAGCUCCUGAGGUACUGGCUGGAGGCUAUAACCAGGCUGCUGAUGUUUGGAGUGCAGGGGUUAUUCUGUACAUUCUUCUCAGUGGGAUGCCACCAUUUUGGGGGAAGACAAAGUCUCGAAUAUUUGAUUCAGUGAGGGCUGCUGAUCUUCGGUUUCCAUCAGAUCCAUGGGAUCGCAUAUCUGAAUCUGCAAAGGAACUGAUUAGGGCAAUGCUUUGUAAAGACCCUUCUCAGAGGAUCACAGCUCAGCAGGUUCUAGAUCACUCCUGGAUGAUGGACCUUGCACCUGUUUCUAAGGAACCAUACAAGUUUGAACAGGAAAGCUAUGGUGAAUUGGGUUUCGGUGGAGGUUCUUUCUCUAGCUGUUUCUGCACCUCAUUUAUGGCCAGAGAUCAGGACAUCAGUUUCGGCACUGGAUCACCUAUUAUUUGUGAUGCACAACCAACUUCAAACACACGCGGAUCUUCAUUGUCCUCUUUUCUGGUGGAACCAUCAACACCUUGCCUUGAAUCUGGUGGGUUUUCUUUCCGUAGCUGUGGCGGUUCAAACACCCUAGAAUUCUCAACACCUGUCUCUUCAAUGCCAAGCUUCGCUUUCUUCAGCCCAGGCUCCCUGUCUGAGCAAGGAAAUCAUCAGUUGGAUUUUUCAGCCAACAAAUCCGGAGUAGACUCAGUUCACAGAGAAACAAGCUUGCAGAAGAUGUUCUUGUUGCCAGAUACUUCUCUUUGCUUUGGGCAUGAGGCUAGAGAAAUGGAGCACAAGGCAGUUGAAGUUAAAAGGCUCGGAGGAACUAGUGGGUAUAGAAUAUCAGGCAUCCAUAGCAAGAGGAAUCGCACGAUAGGCCUUGGUGAGUUCGAGCAGCUUGAUAUCAUGGUCACUGAAUCAGUUAUUCGAUGGGCAUCUUGCACUCACCUUCCUACUGCAACUUCACUGCGAUCUUCUCUUGUUUGCUGAAAGUGUCGACGAGCUGAGUAAAUCUCGGGUGAGCCAUAGGUAUCUGACGAGGGAUCAAAGUGCAUCAAUUGAUAUGCCCACUUGAACUUUCUGAUCUAAUGUAAUUUAUUGGUAGUUUUCUUGUAUUGAGCUCAAGUCAUUGUAACAUAGUGCUUAUUUGCCACUUGCCAGUGUUAGUUUAGGUUCACCAAUGUGGUAUUAUGAGUGUUGUAUUCCUGGAGUUUGUUUUAGCUGUUUACAAUGUGGUAUAGAAAGGGUUCCAAGUGAUGGCUA